AUUGGCCCUCUAACCAUCAGGUCCUAAUGGCCUGGUACUCAGGGCUCUAUUGGCCCUCUAACCAUCAGGUCCUAAUGGCCUGGUACUCAGGGCUCUAUUGGCCCUCUAACCAUCAGGUCCUAAUGGCCUGGUACUCAGGGCUCUAUUUUCCCUCUAACCAUCAGGUCCUAAUGGCCUGGUACUCAGGGCUCUAUUUUCCCUCUAACCAUCAGGACGCUAAUGGCCUGGUACUCAGGGCUCUAUUGGCCCUCUAACCAUCAGGUCCUAAUGGCCUGGUACUCAGGGCUCUAUUUUCCCUCUAACCAUCAGGACGCUAAUGGCCUGGUACUCAGGGCUCUAUUGGCCCUCUAACCAUCAGGUCCUAAUGGCCUGGUACUCAGGGCUCUAUUGGCCCUCUAACCAUCAGGUCCUAAUGGCCUGGUACUCAGGGCUCUAUUGUCCCUCUAACCAUCAGGUCCUAAUGGCCUGGUACUCAGGGCUCUAUUGGCCCUCUAACCAUCAGGUCCUAAUGGCCUGGUACUCAGGGCUCUAUUGUCCCUCUAACCAUCAUGUCCUAAUGGCCUGGUACUCAGGGCUCUAUUGGCCCUCUAACCAUCAGGUCCUAAUGGCCUGGUACUCAGGGCUCUAUUGUCCCUCUAACCAUCAGGUCCUAAUGGCCUGGUACUCAGGGCUCUAUUGGCCCUCUAACCAUCAGGUCCUAAUGGCCUGGUACUCAGGGCUCUAUUGGCCCUCUAACCAUCAGGUCCUAAUGGCCUGGUACUCAGGGCUCUAUUGGCCCUCUAACCAUCAGGUCCUAAUGGCCUGGUACUCAGGGCUCUAUUGUCCCUCUAACCAUCAGGUCCUAAUGGCCUGGUACUCAGGGCUCUAUUGGCCCUCUAACCAUCAGGUCCUAAUGGCCUGGUACUCAGGGCUCUAUUGGCCCUCUAACCAUCAGGUCCUAAUGGCCUGGUACUCAGGGCUCUAUUGUCCCUCUAACCAUCAGGUCCUAAUGGCCUGGUACUCAGGGCUCUAUUGUCCCUCUAACCAUCAGGUCCUAAUGGCCUGGUACUCAGGGCUCUAUUGUCCCUCUAACCAUCAGGUCCUAAUGGCCUGGUACUCAGGGCUCUAUUGUCCCUCUAACCACUCUGACAUCAAUGCAAAUACAAUCGAAAAUCACAUCAAACAUUUAUCAUCAAAACAAGUAUGUGCUUUUAAAACUCACGUAACUGAUGAUCAAUUUGAAGUAAGAAGUUCAACAACAGGUUGAAACUGAGUGGAAAACAUGGUCACUGUGGAUGUUGUUUCAAAAGCCUAACAGAACGAAAUGGACAGCGCUUUCUAAGGUGAUUAAUUCAAAACAUCCAUAAGCAUAUUAGUGUUUAUGCAUAUUCAUAGGCUUCUGAGCCCAAGCCCGGAAAAAUCCCCUGAAUUAAAAUAAUGAUUGUGCCAUUGUACAAUACCUAGCCUAGUGCAUAUUACCCAUGGCAGAAACACACAGGCAGUCUUUUAAAUGACAAUAAUCACAGGACAAAUUUCAUGAACGCCACAACCACCCCUCACACUGUCACUGAACCAUAGAGGGACCACAACCACCCGUCACACUGUCACUGAACCAUAGAGGGACCACAGCCACCCCUCACACUGUCACUGAACCAUAGAGGGACCACAACCACCCCUCACACUGUCACUGAACCAUAGAGGGACCACAACCACCCGUCACACUAUCACUGAACCAUAGAGGGACCACAACCACCCCAUCACACUGUCACUGAACCAUAGAGGGACCACAACCACCCCUCACACUAUCACUGAACCAUAGAUCAGGGGUGUCAAACUCAUGGGCCGUGUGUCUGUGGGUUUUAGUUUUUUCCUUUCAAUUAAGACCUAAACAACCAGGUGAGGGGAGUUCUUAACUAAUUAGUGACCUUAAUUCAUCAAUCAAGUCCAAGGGAGGAGUGAAACCCCCCAGACACUCUGCCCUCCUCCGUGGGAUGAGUUGGGAGGAGUGAACCCCCCAGACACUCGGCCCUCCGUGGGAUGACUUGGGAGGAGUGAACCCCCCAGACACUCGGCCCUCCGUGGGAUGAGUUGGGAGGAGUGAACCCCCCAGACACUCGGCCCUCCGUGGGAUGAGUUGGGAGGAGUGAAACCCCCAGACACUCGGCCCUCCGUGGGAUGAGUUGGGAGGAGUGAAACCCCCAGACACUCGGCCCUCCGUGGGAUGAGUUGGGAGGAGUGAAACCCCCAGACACUCGGCCCUCCGUGGGAUGAGUUGGGAGGAGGAGUGAACCCCGCAGACACUCGGCCCUCCGUGGGAUGAGUUGGGAGGAGUGAAACCCCCAGACACUCGGCCCUCCGUGGGAUGAGUUGGGUUUCCGUGGGAUGAGUUGGGAGGAGUGAAACCCCCAGACACUCGGCCCUCCGUGGGAUGAGUUGGGAGGAGUGAACCCCGCAGACACUCGGUCCUCCGUGGGAUGAGUUGGGAGGAGUAAACCCCGCAGACACUCGGCCCUCCGUGGGAUGAGUUGGGAGGAGUGAAACCCCCAGACACUCGGCCCUCCGUGGGAUGAGUUGGGAGGAGGAGUGAAACCCCCAGACACUCGGCCCUCCGUGGGAUGAGUUGGGAGGAGUGAAACCCCCAGACACUCGGUCCUCCGUGGGAUGAGUUGGGAGGAGUGAAACCCGCAGACACUCGGUCCUCCGUGGGAUGAGUUGGGAGGAGUAAACCCCGCAGACACUCUGCCCUCCGUGGGAUGAGUUGGGAGGAGUGAAACCCUGCAGACACUCGGCCCUCCGUGGGAUGAGUUGGACAUGUGUGCCAUAGAUGGUCAGCUCUAGGACCGGGUCUAGCUUGCGCGAAAUUUCAAACCAUUGUGGAUAAUUUUCGUGAACGUUUUAGUUGUGUGCAUACCUGAAGUUAGGGUUCAGCCCUUAGAGGUAAUUGUUGAAUGCAUGUGCUCUCCUUUCCUGCUCUCCUCUCCUCUCCUCUCCUCUCCUCUCCUCUCCUCUCCUCUCCUCUCCUCUCCUCUCCUCUCCUCUCCUCUCCUCUCCUCUCCUCUUCUCUCCUCCUGUCCUUUUCCAGGUGAUCCAGCAGACAAAAACAGGUGAUGCUGAGCUGGAGCUCUUCCCGCGCUACCUCCUCUUCCUGCGGCAGCAGGCCGCCACGCGCACCCCCCAGUCCAACAUCUGGGUUAACAUGGGUAUGACCAGCCUGAGAAUGUUCCCCCAGCACCUCCCCAGAGGUAACGUAAGCCUGCAGCAAGAAAGAAAGACGGCCUGCUAGGAGCCGCCAAACUACUACUACUACUACUACUACUACUACUACUACUACUACUACUACUACUUACUACUGCUGCUGCUGCUGCUUACUACUACUACUAAUACUACUACUAACUGCUGCUGCUACUACUACUACUACCUGGCUGCUGGCUAUCUACUACUUACUACUACUACUGGCUGCUGCUACACUCUACUGUUACUGCUACUGCUGCUGCUACUACUACUACCUACUACUACUACUACUAGGCACUACGAACUCUACCGCUACUACUCCUCGACCGGCUGCUACUACUGCCUACUACUACUACUACUACCUGCUACUACUACUACUAAACCCGCUGCUACUACUGACUACUACUGACUACUACUACUACUACCUACUACUACCAGUGCUACUACUACUCCUACUACUACCGCUACUACCGGCUCACUACUACUACGUACUACUACCGCUGGAAUACUACUACUACCCACUUCUACUACUAACUAAGAUGCUAACUACUCUACUAUCUACUACCACCUGCUAUACUACUACUACUACUACUACUACUCUCUCUUACUACACUACUUACUACUACUACUACCUACUACCGCUGCUAACUACUACUACUACCCUACCCCUCUACUACUACUACUACUACUACUACUACCCGCUGCUACUACUACUACUCUGCUGCUACUACUACUAUAUCUACUGUACUCUAUCUACUACUACUGCUACUACUCUAACCUCUACUACUACUACUACUACUACGCUGCUACUUGACUACUACUACUACUUCUACUACUAUACUAUACUGCUACUAUACUACCCUACCACUUAGAAUACUGGUCACAGAAAUGUCCAUGAUCAUAUUUUGUUAUUUUUUUAGCACUAACUAACUCUCUACUGCUCCUAUACACACUCACUAGCUUACACUACACCUGCUGACUUUACCUACACUCACUAGCUUACCUACCACACUCACUAGCUGUACCUACACACUCACUAGACUUUACUACACACUCACUAGACUUACUACACACUACUAGACUUUACCUACAACUCACUACGACUUUACCUACACACUCACUAGACUUUAAUACACACUCACUAGACUUUACCUACACACUCACUAGACUUUACCUACACACUCACUAGACUUUACCUACACACUCACUAGACUUUACCUACACACUCACUAGACUUUACCUACAAACUCACACAUCCUACACUGACACUCCAACACACACACACACUCACACACUCCUACUCACCUACUACACACACACUCACUAGACUGUUACUACACACUCAUAAUCUUUACACUACACUCACUAACACUCUACACUACACAUCCUACACUACACUCACACACACACUCACUGACUUUACCUACACACUCACACAUCCUACACUGACACCAACACCACACACGACACUCACACUCACACAUCCUACACUGACACUCCAACUACACACACACAUCACACAUCUCACACUACACACUCACUAGACUUUACCUACACACUCACACACUACUACACACACACCCACUUACUACACACUCACUAGACUUUACCUACACACUCACUACAUCCUACACUGACACUCCAACACACACACUCACACAUCCUACACACACACACACACACACUCACUAGACUUUACCUACACACUCACACAUCCUACACUGACACUCCACACACCACUCACACACCUACACCAACACACACCUCACAAUCCUACAACCUGACACAUACCUACACCACACACAACACACUCACACUCACACAUCCUACCUGACACUCCAACACACACACACACUCACACUCACACAUCCCACACUGACACUCCAACACACACACUCACACAUCCUACACACACACACACACACACUCACUAGACUUUACCUACACACUCACACAUCCUACACUGACACUCCACAACACACACACCACACACACACACACUCUACACCACCUACACUGACUUUACUCCAACACACCACCACACUCACACUCACACACCUACACGACACUCCAACACACACACACACUCACACAUCCUACACACACACUCACUAGACUUUACCUACACACUCACACAUACUACACACACACACACACACACUCACUAGACUUUACCUACACACUCACACAUCCUACACUGACACUCCAACACACACACUCACACAUCCUACACACACACACACACACACUCACUAGACUUUACCUACACACUCACACAUCCUACACUGACACUCCAACACACACACACACACACACACACUCUCACACAUCCUACACUGACACUCCAACACACACACACACUCACACUCACCAUCUACACUGGACACUCAACACCACCACACUCACCUCACACUCCACACUACACUCCAACUACUACACACUCACACAUCACUACACACACACACACACUCACUAACUUUACCUACACACUACACUCACUGACACUCACACACCAACUCCAACCACACACAACUACACUCACACUACACCUCACACAUCCUACACUGACACUCCACACACACACACACCUACACCUCACAUCCUACCUGACACUCCAAACCACACACUACACUCAACACACUCACUACUACACACUACUCCACUGACUACCUACACACUCACACAUACAACUACACACUACUACUACUACACCUACUACACACUCACUAACUACUACACACUCUACACAUCCUACACUGACACUCAACACACACACACUCACACAUUCCUACACACACACUACACUACACAUCACUGAACUACCUACACACUCCACUCCUACACUGACACUCCAACACACUCAACUACCACACACACAGCAAUUCACACUCCACUGCACUCUACACUACCUCACACUCACCACUCACACAUCCUACACUGACACUCUCACUACCACACACACUCACACUCACUACAUCCUACACUGACACUCCACAACCACCACACACUCACACAUCUACACUGACACUCCACACACACACCACACACUACAUCCUACACUGACACUCCACACACACACACUACACUCACACAUCUACACUGACUACUACUACACACACCUAACCCCCACCACUUACACAUCCUACACUGACAUCCAACACACACCACGACCACACUCUCACAUCCUAUCAUGACACUCACACACACACAUCCCACACUCAGCACUCCUACAUGACACCCAACACACACACACACCAACACUCACACACUCCUACCUGACCACUCACAACCACAACACACACACUCACAGCAUCUACACUGACACUCCAACACACACACCAACACACUCACACACAUCCUACACUGACACCCAACACACUACCUACACACACUCACACAUCCUUACCUGACACACUCCACAACACACACCUACACAUCUCACUGACCUCCACACCACACACACACAUCUCACACACCUACUACCUCCAACCACACACACCUACCUACACACAUCCUACACUACACCCAACACACACACCACACAACACACACUCACACAUCCUACACUGAACUCCAACACACACACACCACCUCACAAUCCUACACUGACACUCCAACACACACACACCUCACACAUCCUACACUGACACCCAACACACACACACACUCACAUCCACACGACUCACCUACACACUCACACAACCAUCACACUGACACUCCACACACACCACACCUCACCAUACACACACACACCCCACACCUCACACAUCCUACACUGACACUCCAACACACACACACACCACACUCACACAUCCUACACUGACACUCCAACACACACACACCCACACUCACACAUCCUACACUGACCACUCCAACACACACACACACCACACACUCCUACACUGACACUCCACACAACACACACACACACUCACACUCCUACCGACACUUCCAACACAACACACACACACUCAACAUCCUACACUGACACUCCAAACACACACACUCACACAUCCUACACGACACUCACACCACACACACACACUACUCACACAUCCUACACUAACUCCAACCACACACACACUCACACAUCCUACACUGACACUCCAACACACACACACACACACUCACACAUCCUACACUGACACUCCAACACACACACACACUCACACUCACACAUCCUACACUGACACUCCAACACACACACACACCCUCACACAUCCUACACUGACACCCACACACCAACGACCCCACUCACACAUUCCUAACAGUUCUGACACUCCACACACAUCACACCACACUCACACAUCCCGACACUGCCACUCCAACACACACACACACACCCACACAAUCCACACUUACACUCCAACCCCACACCCACCACCGUCUCAAAUCCUACACUGACACUCCAACACCCACACACACCACACACAGCUCCAACAUCCCAUCCUACACUGACACUGCCUCCAACCACACACACACACAACACCCACACAUCCUACCUGAAACUUCCAACACGACACACACACACACCUCACACAUCCUACACUGACACUCCAACACACACACCACACACACUCACACACAUCCUACACUGACAACUCAACACACACACACACACACUCACACAUCCUUACACUGACUUACGACUCCAAACACCACACACAUCAACACCACACAUCGAACACUGACACUCCAACACACACCACGCCACACCUACUCACGACAUCCUACCUUACACCCAAUAACCCCACACACACACACUCACACAUCCUACACUGACACUCCAACACACACACACACACAUCACAAUCCUACACUACACUCCAACAACACACACACCACACUCACACAUCCUACACUGACACUCCAACACCACACACACCACACUCACACAUCCUACACUGACACUCCACACACACCACAACACACACUCACCACAUCCUACACUGACACUCCAACACACACACACACACCACAUCCACACCUCACACAAUCCUAACACUGACACUCCAACACACACACACCACACUCACACAUCCUACACUGACACUCCAACACACACACACACACACACUCACACAUCCUACACUGACACUCCAACACACACACACACACACUCACACAUCCUACACUGACACUCCAACACCACACACACACACACUCACACAUCCUACACUGACACUCCAACACACACACACACACACUCACACAUCCUACACUGACACUCCAACACACACACACACCACUCACACAUCCUACACUGACACUCCAACACACACACACACACUCACUCACACAUCCUACACUCACACAUCCUACACACACACACACACACUCACACAUCCUACACUCACACAUCCUACACACACACACACACACAUACAUACUUCACACGCUGCUGCUACUUUAUUUAUUAUAUACUAUCUAUACAGCAGUAUGUGGACAGCCCUUCAAAUGAGUUGAUUUGGAUAUUUCAGCCACACCCGUUGCUGACAGGUAUAAAAUCGAGCACAUUGCCAUGCAAUCUCCAUAGACGAACAUCGGCAGUAGAAUGGCCUUACUGAAGAGCUCAGUGACUUUCAACGUGGCACCGACAUAGGAUGCCACCUUUCCAACAAGUCAGUGUGUCAAAUGUCUGUCCUGCUAGAGCUGCCCCGGUCAACUGUAAGUGCUGUCAUUGUGAAGUGGAAACGUCUAGGAGCAACAACGGCUCAGCCGCAAAGUGGUUGGCCACACAAGCUCACAGAACGGGACCGCCGAGUGCUGAAGCGCGUAGCAAGUAAAAGUUGUCUGUCCUCGGUUGCAACACUCACUACCGAGUUCCUAACUGCCUCUGGAAGCAACGUCAGCACAAGAACUGUUAGUCCGGAGCUUCAUGAAAUGGGUGUCCAUGGCUGAGCAGCCGCACACAAGCCUAAGAUCACCGUGUGCAAUGCCAAGCGUCAGCUGGAGUGGUGUAAAGCUCGCCGCCAUUGGACUCUGGAGCAGUGGAAACGCGUUCUCUGGAGUGAUGAAUCACGCUUCACCAGGAGAUGCCAGGAGAACGCUGCCUGCCCCAAUGCAUAGUGCCAACUGUAAAGUUUGGUGGAGGAGGAAUAAUGGUCUGGGGCUGUUUUUCAUGGUUCGGGCUAGGCCCCUUAGUUCCAGUGAAGGGAAAUCUUAACGCUACAGCAUACAAUGACAUUCUAGACGAUUCUGUGCUUCCAACUUUGUGGCAACAGUUUGGGGAAGGCCCUUCCCUGUCUCAGCAUGACAAUGCCCCCGUGCACAAAACGAGGUCCAUACAGAAAUGGUUUGUCGAGAUCAGUGUGGAAGAACUUGACUGACCUGCACAGAGCCCUGACAUCAACUCCAUCGAACACCUUUGGGAUGAAUUGGAACGCAGACUGUGAGCCAGGCCUAAUCGCCCAAGAUCAGUGCCGUCCUCACUAAUGCUCUUGUGGCUGAAUGGAAGCGAGUCCCCGAAGCAAUUUUCCAACAUCUAGUGGAAAACCUUCCCAGAAGAGUGUUAUAGCAGCAAAGGUGGGACAUUUUACAUUUACAUUUUAGUCAUUUAGCAGACGCUCUUAUCCAGAGCGACUUACAGUUAGUGAGUGCAUACAUUAUAUAUACAUCUUUUUUUUUUCAUACGGGCCCCCCCCCCCGUGGGAAUCGAACCCACAACCCUGGCGUUGCAAGCGCCAUGCUCUACCAACUGAGCUACACGGGGCCUGGGACAUUUACAUUUACAUUUUAGUCAUUUAGCAGACGCUCUUAUCCAGAGCGACUUACAGUUAGUGAGUGCAUACAUUAUAUAUAUAUAUUUUUUUCAUACUGCCCCCCCCCCCGUGGGAAUCGAACCCACAACCCUGGCGUUGCAAACGCCAUGCUCUACCAACAUCCCCUGCCGGCCAUUCCCUCCCCUACCCUGGACGACGCUGGGCCAAUUGUGCGCCGCCCCAUGGGUCUCCCGGUCGCGGCCGGCUACGACAGAGCCUGGAUUCGAACCAGGAUCUCUAGUGGCACAGCUAGCACUGCGAUGCAGUGCUUUAGACCACUGCGCCACUCGGGAGACCAACUCCAUAUUAAUGCCCAUGAUUUUGGAAUGAGAUGUUGGACGAGCAGGUGUCAGCAUAGUUUUGGUCAUGUAGUGUAUAUCCUGAUUGGCUGGUCACUUUUACCCCUAUCUACAUGCAUAGCCGCGGGAAGUAGUUUAGGGGGUCCUAAAAAAAAAAUAAAGUUGUGAUUUUUUCAGGGUGUGCUGCAGAACCCUCUGCAUCCCUACUUCCCGUGGCUAUUCCUCCAUAUUAGCUCAAUUACCUCGACUUACCCGGACCCCUGCACAUUGACUCGGUACACAUUGACUCUUUGUAAUAUAGCCUGUUAUUUCAUUUUGCUACUAUUAUUUUUAUUUGUAAAUAUUUUUUCUUUUUAACUCUGCAUUGUUUGGAAAGGGCUCGUAAGUUAGCAUUUCACGGUAAAGUCUACACCGGUUGUAUUCGGCGCAUGUGACCAAUGAAAUGUGAUUUGAUAGGGAUGAUAUGGGCGCUCACUGACCAUACUAAAAGACCCUGAGAACCUAAAGUGUAUUAUUCUGUCUGCGUAGCCUUGUUGUUGUCAGAACAGUGGUGUUAUAAAUCUUGACUCCCCCUUCGUAAAGCCCACACACAGUAAAGGUGUUAUAAUGAUGACAUAACAGAAACGGUAAACAACAGCUGAUGACAAUGCUAUCCAAUUAGCCUACUUAAACAGAUUAGUGACUGGGAAAGGUAAAGGGGGAUACCUCGUCAGUUGUACAACUGAAUGCAUUCAACUGAAAUGUGUCUUCCGCAUUUAACCCAACCCCUCUGAAUCAGAGAGGUGCGGAGAGCUGCCUUAAUCGACAUCCAUGUCUUUGGCGCCCGGGGAACAGUGGGUUAACUGCCUUGCACAGGGGCAGAACGAGCUCGGGGAUUCGAUCCAGCAACCUUUCGGUCACUGGCCCAACGCUCCUGUGUUUAAGUCUGGUGCGGUAAGCCCACGGCAGCUUAUUCCAUCUCUUAUGCCAUCAUGGCAGUAUGAUGUAGGCCACACCAUGGGGUGCCAUGUCACAUGUAAACUAAAUUAUUAUAUCGAUUUCUGUUAUAGUAUAUAGAUAUUAUAGAUUAUAUAUUGUUAUAUAUUUUUAUUUCUAGUUAGUCAAGUCUGUAGUUUUGAGGCGAUUUAUGUGACUGAACCUCCGCUAAUGUCGAAAGGGCAUAAAUCAGACACGUAGCUCUGUGGUAGCAGACGGGUAGCUCUGUGGUAGCAGACAGGUAGCUCUGUGGUAGCAGACAGGUAGCUCUGUGGUAGCAGGCAGGUAGCUCUGUGGUAGCAGACGGGUAGCUCUGUGGUAGCAGACGGGUAGCUCUGUGGUAGCAGGCGGGUAGCUCUGUGGUAGCAGGCGGGUAGCUCUGUGGUAGCAGGCGGGUAGCUCUGUGCUAGCAGGCAGGUAGCUCUGUGGUAGCAGGCAGGUAGCUCUGUGGUAGCAGACAGGUCGCUCUGUGGUAAUCAGAUUGGGGACGCGCUGCACAGAGGCACUAUGAGACUAUUAGAGUGCUGAUCUAAUCGGACCGGUGUUAUCAGAUAUCUGGCCAGAGGAGUUAGUUUGGCUCCGGUCAAUAAUACCAGCUGACCAGGCAUAGAAAUAAUACCACAUAUAAUAUAAUAUGCCAUUUACCAGACGCUUUUAUCCAAAGCGACUUAGUCAUGCUGCAUACAUUUUACGUAUUGGUGGCCUCAGCGGGAAUCGAACCCACAAUCGUUGGUGUUGCAAGGCGCCAUAGAAUGACUAGACCAGCCACACUGAAAAAAGAGCGAGGCUGUGUUGCUGGGAGAAGGGGCUGUUCACGGCUUUGAUUCCCACUUUCCCUUUCAUUUUGCUUUCAAAGUAUUGGCAAAGUAUUACCAAUCGAUCACAUAUUAAGAUUGGUGUUUUUGGCUUUUCUUUUAAAACCAAUCAGUUCCGUUUGUUUUUAUUAGUUGUUUAUUAACUGAACUAAUAUAGACUUUUGUUUCCUUUUUGAUUGAAAGCAUUUUAAUUUAAUGAAUCAGUCUGUAUUAAUUAAACAACCUCAUCUAAAACACCCUUUCUUGCUGCUUCCUUACAACUAAUCCUCCAUGAGCUAAAAUAUUAUUUAUCUCUCUGUGUUGAUUUAACUCAUUUUCUAAAAGUAAAUGUGAGUCUGUGUGUGAGUCUGUGUGAGAGAGUAUUUUACAGUAUUACAGGACUUUUCAGUAAUUCUAAUGAGUUUGGGAGCUCAUAGUCCACUAAAGGCUGGAGUGUUCUCCCCCUUCCUCCCCUGUCUCCUCCUCCUUGCCUCUUCAUCCUCCCUCUCCCUCCCCCUCUCUCCCCCUCCAGGUAACGUGCCCUCCCCCAACGCUCCUCUGAAGCGGGUCCUGGCCUAUACAGGCUGUUUCAGCCGCGUGGGAACCAUCAAGGACAUCCACCUGUACCUGUCUCAGAGGCUCCGCAUCAAAGACCAGGACAUGAGGCUGUGGCUCUACAACGGCGAGGUGUGUGUGUAUUCUUGAGCAACUAUCGCAUGUUGAACACUACAAAAUAAGUGAUAUUACGGUGACAUGAUUAAAUAUGAACUCCUCAUCCAAACCUCCCCCCAGAACUAUCUGACCCUGUUCUCCCCCCCCCAGAACUAUCUGACCCUGUUCUCCUCCCCCCCAGAACUAUCUGACCCUGUUCUCCUCCCCCCAGAACUAUCUGACCCUGUUCUCCUCCCCCCCCCCCCCCCAGAACUAUCUGACCCAGUUCUCCUCCCACCAGAACAAUCUGACCCUGUUGGAUGAUGAGGACCACACUCUGGAGGGUCUGAAGAUCCAGGACAAGCAGCACUUAGUUAUCGAGGGUACGUUCAAAAAGACGCUUAGUUAUCGAGGGUACGUUCAAAAAGACGCUUAGUUAUCGAGGGUACGUUCAAAAAGACGCUUAGUUAUCGAGGGGACGUAAAAAAAAUACACUUAGUUAUCGAGGGUAUGUUCAAAAAGAUGCUUUGUUAUCGAGGGUACGUAAAAAAAUACACUUAGUUGUCGAGGGUACGUUCAAAAAGAUGCUUUGUUAUCGAGGGUACGUUCAAAAAAGAUGCUUUGUUAUCGAGGGUACGUUCAAAAAGAUGCUUUGUUAUCGAGGGUACGUUCAGGAAGACGCUUAGUUAUCGAGGGUACGUUCAAAAAAGCACUUAGUUGUCGAGGGUACAUUCAAAAAGACACUUAGUUAUCGAGGGGACGUUCAAAAAGACACGUAGUUAUCGAGGGGAUGUUCAAAAAGACGCUUAGUUAUCGAGGGGACGUUCAAAAAGACACUUAUCGAGGGGACGUUCAAAAAGACACUUAUCGAGGGGACGGUCAAAAAGACAGUUGUCGAGGGGACGUUCAAAAAGACACUUAGUUAUCGAGGGGACGUUCAAAAAGACACUUAGUUAUCGACGGGACGUUCAAAAAGACAGUUAUCGAGGGGACGUUCACAAAGACACGUAGUUAUCGAGGGGACGUUCAAAAAGACACGUAGUUAUCGAGGGGACGUUAAAAAAGACAGUUAUCGAGGGUACGGUCAAAAAGACACUUAGUUGUCGAGGGUACGUUCAAAAAGACACUUAGUUAUCGAGGGGACGUUCACAAAGACACGUAGUUAUCGAGGGGACGUUCAAAAAGACACGUAGUUAUCGAGGGGACGUUAAAAAAGACACGUAGUUAUCGAGGGGACGUUCAAAAAGACACGUAGUUAUCGAGGGGACGUUAAAAAAGACAGUUAUCGAGGGUACGGUCAAAAAGACACUUAGUUGUCGAGGGUACGUUCACAAAGAUGCUUAGUUAUCGAGGGGACGGUCAAAAAGACACUUAGUUAUCGAGUGUACGUUCAAAAAGACACUUAGAUGUCGAGGGUACGUUCAAAAAGAUGCUUAGUUAUCGAGGGUACGGUCAAAAAGACACUUAUCGAGGGUAAUUCAAAAAUACACAUAGUUGUCGAGGGUACGUUCAAAAAGACACUUAGUUAUCGAGGGGACGGUCAAAAAGACACUUAGUUAUCGAGUGUACGUUCAAAAAGACACUUAGAUGUCGAGGGUACGUUCAAAAAGAUGCUUAGUUAUCGAGGGUACGUUCAAAAAGACACUUAUUGAGGGGAAGUUCAAAAAGACACUUAUCGAGGGUACGUUCAAAAAGACAGUUGUCGAGGGGACGUUCAAAAAUACACUUAGUUAUCGAGGGGACGUUCAAAAGACACUUAGUUAUCGAGGGGACGUUCAAAAGACACUUAGUUAUCGAGGAGACGUUCAAAAAGACACUUAGUUAUCGAGGGGACGUUCAAAAAGACACUUAGUUGUCGAGGGUACGUUCAAAAAGACACUUAGUUGUCGAGGGGACGUUCAAAAAGACACUUAGUUGUCGAGGGUACGUUCAAAAAGACACUUGGUUGUCGAGGGUACGUUCAAAAAGACACUUAGUUGUCGAGGGUACGUUCAAAAAGAUGCUUAGUUAUCGAGGGUACGUUCAAAAAGACACUUAUCGAGGGGACGUUCAAAAAGACACUUAUCGAGGGUACGGUCAAAAAGACACUUAGUUAUCGAGGGGACGUUCUAAAAGACACUUAGUUAUCGAGGGGACGUUCAAAAAGACACUUAGUUAUCGAGGGUACGGUCAAAAAGACAGUUAUCGAGGGGACGUUCAUAAAGACACUUAUCGAGGGUACGUUCAAAAAGACAGUUAGUUGUCGAGGGUACGUUCAAAAAGACACUUAGUUGUCGAGGGUACGUUCAGAAAGACACUUAGUUGUCGAGGGGACGUUCAAAAAGACACGUAGUUAUCGAGGGUACGUUCAAAAAGACACUUAGUUGUCGAGGGUACGUUCAAAAAGACACUUAGUUGUCUAGGGUACGUUCAAAAAGACACUUAGUUGUCGAGGGGACGUUCAAAAAUACUUUUCAGCACUAGAAUUAAAAAUGUUAUCUGACUGCUUAGUGUGUUGAAAUGUAAAAAAAUAAAAACUGACUGCAAAGAGAAGCUAAAAGUAGCAGGUCUUUGUACUGUAAGUCAUUGAUCUGUAAAACGGUCCUCUUGUGUUUUUAGUUCGGAACAAAGACAUGAGCUGGCCAGAAGAGAUGUCCUUCAUCGCUAACAGCAGUAAAAUGGACCAACAUAAAGGUACCGCAGGACGGUGUCACUGAGAUCAUCACACUUUACAUUCACAAGCACCUUCUACCAGUACGUUGGUACAUACAUUUACAAUGCAGUUAUCAACAGCUUUCACUUUCAAUAUUCAGGAUGAUAGAUUUACGUCUCUACCCUCCCUCCCCUUCUCCCCGAAAACCUUUCAAACAUAUGUGUAAUACUGUAAAUAUGUAGUGUAAUAGUGUUACAUGUCUAUCCCCCCCCCCAGUUCCUACGGAGAAGGGUGCCACGGGCCUCAGUAACCUAGGCAACACGUGCUUUAUGAACUCUAGUAUCCAGUGUGUGAGCAACACCACGCCCCUCACUGAUUACUUCAUCUCAGGGAGACACCUUUAUGAACUCAACAGGUAGCUUGUGUGUGUGUGUGUGUGUGUGUGUGUGUGUGUGUGUGUGUGUCUGUGUCUGUGUCUGUGUCUGUGUGUCUGUGUGUGUGUAUUCAUGCGUGUGUUGUGAAAAGGUGAACAGCUUGUUGGAUAGCAUUACUGAUUUAUGUUGUGUGUCCAGAACCAACCCCAUCGGGAUGCGAGGUCACAUGGCUAAAUGCUAUGGAGACCUGCUGAUGGAGCUGUGGAGUGGAACUCAGAAGAACGUUGCUCCUCUCAAACUCAGGGUGGGUUUAUAAAUGUUUCUCUGGACCAUAAGAUGGCAUGGAUUGUUACAACAACAGUGGAUGUGAUAUCCUUACUCCCUGUAGUGGACAAUGGCUUGGUACUAUGGCCCUUUAAUAACUCCAUAUGUGAUAUGAAUUAAUUGACUGAUAUGUGGUUGUCUCAUUCAGUGUUUUCUGUAAGUGCCGGCUAUCCACUAAACAGCCAAUUACAGACUUGUCAGCCGGCUACUUUUUCCACUUGAUUAAUUAACUAGGCUUCUUUUCAUUUAAAAGUUUCAAUUCGCCUGUCAGGAAUGCCUUCAUAGCUUUCUCCCGCUAGAAUGAACAAUAUGCAUAUUCUAGUGAUCUAUUGAUAGGACAGGCGCCUGUCAGUCACAAAGCGAGCGAUGACAGGGAAGCUGCUGGUUUGUCAGUCUGCUGUCUGUCCCGCCUCUCGGUACCUGUUAUUUUUUUUUAGUGCGCUCUGGUUGGCAGCGGUCAGAUGUAUUUUUACGGAGGAAGGAGAGCAUGAUGCUUCUUUAUCAUGUCCUGUGAGUGAAUUAGCACGUCCCAUUUAAUGUAAGCGGUAACGAUGAGUCAAUCCUCUUACCCUAAUUAUUGUUUUCUGACACUUUCAUUUAUUUUCUAUAACCAGCCACGGAGUCGUGGUGUAUAGUAGACUAUUUACUGUGUGUUUUAUUGACAACCGAACAGCAAGCGUUGACUAGUUUAUAAAAGGUGUCUAACUGCCUGAAUAAAGUCAAUCUCCUAUACCCCUUUGCUAUUCGUAAAUCAUACCAUGGUAUCUCAUCAGGACAGUAAACCAAAGAUAUUGUCUGUAUUGUCCUAGGAUUGGAAGCCCAUGUGGUGACAUGCCGGUGACUCGUCAGUGUAGCCCAGAGAUGGCUGUCUGUUUGAACUGAUCUAAUAAUAAUAAUAAUAAUAUGCCAUUUAGCAGACGCUUUUAUCCAAAGCGACUUACAGUCAUGCGUGCAUACAUUUUUGUGUAUGGGUGGUCCCGGGGAUCGAACCCACUACCUUGGCGUUACAAGCGCCGUGCUCUACCAGCUGAGCUACAGAGGAGCUACAGAGGACCACGAUCUUUUAGGUGAACGGAGCAAAAAUCGCAUCGGUCAGAGAGCCGUUCAUUUGGCUCCCCAAUCUGCAUUACUGAUAGGCUACUAAUGCUUUUUCGGCGACUAUCUGCAGAUUUUAUAAAUGGUGAAAACGUUCGAUGAAGAUGGUGAAUCCUCACUGCAGGUAGAGGAGAGCGAUCCUCAUUGUGGUCCGAAAUAUGAUAAAAUAAUACUGAUUUGAAGGUUCUAAAAGCUAAUGUCAUGAUACUCAUACGGUAGUAUUAAAGACAUUGAUAUAGGACUACUGAUUGGAUUAAAGACAUUGAUAUAGGACUACUGGUAUUAUUAAAGACAUUGAUAUAGGACUACUGAUUUGAUUAAAGUGUCGACAAUGGAGUAGUCUGCUGCUGCUUUCUGUGAUGCAAAGCCCAUGUUAAGCACCUGCUUCAUUCUUCAAUCAUACCUGUAGGUAUAUUUAGGGAUGCUGCACCCCCACUUUUAUACAAUCUGGCAGGGGGGUCUGGGGUCCUCCUCCCCCUGAACAAUUUUGCAUUUUCCUGUAAUUCUAUAUUGUUUUCUCAACAGGGAAUCCCAUGUUUACUUGACAGAACACAACCGUUUUGCUUAGGUUUUGAUUGAUUGACAGGCCAAACUGUUAAAGGGUUUCCUUACUGUAAGUGCCCACAGCAGCAGAGCCAAUAAAAAAAACAUCAUUUGAAGAACAAACAUCAUUGUGGCAAUUCAUAUCUUGCAGUAAAACUGUAAAUAUGACUUUAAUCUCAAGAGAAGACAGGUUAAAUGUUAAAAAGGUUUAAUGUUCUCUUACUUAGAUCAUAUAGUCCUGAUCGUAUAGUCCUAGACCUAGACGACAUCCAGAACAACUAACAACACACUGAAUUCAGACGUUUUCAGUCAUUUUAAUUGUAAAGUCAUGUCUUCCUUCUCUAUAUACCAUAACAUAUUUGACCAAUCUGGGAGGUAAAGUCGUUAAAGUAUUCAAUCAUUUGGCUGUGUAUUUCAGAUGGAAUCAAGACAUUAGAAUGUACCAGAGGCCACCAAAAUAGAGCUGUUUCUGCAAAAAGAAAGAUAAAUGGGAGGUCCCUUGGCUGGCUACUCCAUGUACUAAAGACACUGCUCAUCCUCCUGUAGUGGACGGUAGUAAAGUAGAAAGUAGAUGUCCGUGAAACUGUCACCUUAAUAACUUGGGGUUUCCAUUCUCCCCCCUGUAGUGGACGAUGGCUUGUACUAUGGUCUUAAUUACUCCGAAUGGCUGCGUUUACACAGGCAGCCCAAUUCUGAUAUUUUUUUCACUCAUUUUGUCUUUUGACCUAUCUGAUCAGCUCUGAAAAAGAUCUAAUGUGAAAAGAUCUGAUGUGAAUUGUCAAAAUAUCAGAAUUGGUCUACUUGUCUUGACUAAUAUUUGGUUCUCACUACCGCCCCCUGUAGUGGACUAUAGCGAAGUACGCCCCGCGGUUCAACGGCUUCCAGCAGCAGGACAGUCAGGAGCUCCUGGCGUUCCUAUUGGACGGGCUCCAUGAGGACCUGAACAGGGUGCAUGAGAAACCCUAUGUAGAGCUGAAGGACAGCAACGGACGACCCGACUGGGAGGUCGCGUCAGAGGUCAGAGUUAAAUCAAUAAGCCAAUCAAACACACGUGCACACACACACACACACACACACACACACAUACACACACAGGCAUAAACACUCAAAUACACACACACACACAUCUACACACACAGCCAAUCAACCAACACGUACAACCAAUCAAUCAAUCUUUAUUUUCCCUGAGAGAGUUCCCCCAAAAAUGUUUUGGGGGAAAUUGAUCAGAGGGCCCCCAGUUGCCAAUUCCUGAUCUUAGGUGACUUAGAGACCAGGGGAGAGGAGAGAGGACAGUCCAUCUUAGGUGACUUGGAGACCAGGGGAGAGGAGAGAGGACAGUCCAGCUUAGGUGACUUGGAGACCAGGGGAGAGGAGAGAGGACAGUCCAUCUUAGGUGACUUAGAGACCAGGGGAGAGGAGAGAGGACAGUCCAUCUUAGGUGACUUAGAGACCAGGGGAGAGGAGAGAGGACAGUCCAUCUUAGGUGACUUAGAGACCAGGGGAGAGGAGAGAGGACAGUCCAGCUUAGGUGACUUAGAGACCAGGGGAGAGGAGAGAGUCAAUAAAAGUUGAUCCAUCCACUAAGCACUUCUUAAGGAGUGGAUAACCUGUAGUGGGUGUGUAUUGGUGUACAGGUAAUGGGAAGAGGAUAAAAGUGAGCGUGUGUGUGAUCCUAGGAGGGAUUAGCAGGAUUCGUGCUGUGUGUGUUUUACGUCCCUCUGUGUUUCUGUGUGUUUUACGUCCCUCUAUGUUUCUGUGUGUUUUACGUCCCUCUGUGUUUCUGUGUGUUUUACGUCCCUCUAUGUUUCUGUGUGUUUUACGUCCCUCUGUGUUUCUGUGUGUUUUACGUCCCUCUAUGUUUCUGUGUGUUGUACGUCCCUCUGUGUUUCUGUGUGUUUUACGUCUCUGUGUUUCUGUGUGUUUUACGUCCCUCUGUGUUUCUGUGUGUUUUACGUCCCUCUAUGUUUCUGUGUGUUUUACGUCCCUCUGUGUUUCUGUGUGUUUUACGUCCCUCUAUGUUUCUGUGUGUUGUACGUCCCUCUGUGUUUCUGUGUGUUUUACGUCCCUCUAUGUUUCUGUGUGUUUUACGUCCCUCUGUGUUUCUGUGUGUUUUACGUCUCUGUGUUUCUGUGUGUUUUACGUCUCUGUGUUUCUGUGUGUUUUACGUCCCUCUGUGUUUCUGUGUGUUUUACGUCUCUGUGUUUCUGUGUGUUUUACGUCCCUCUAUGUUUCUGUGUGUUUUACGUCCCUCUGUGUUUCUGUGUGUUUUACGUCCCUCUGUGUUUCUGUGUGUUUUACGUCCCUCUAUGUUUCUGUGUGUUUUACGUCCCUCUAUGUUUCUGUGUGUUUUACGUCCCUCUGUGUUUCUGUGUGUUUUACGUCCCUCUGUGUUUCUGUGUGUUUUACGUCCCUCUGUGUUUCUGUGUGUUUUACGUCCCUCUAUGUUUCUGUGUGUUUUACGUCCCUCUAUGUUUCUGUGUGUUUUACGUCCCUCUAUGUUUCUGUGUGUUUUACGUCCCUCUAUGUUUCUGUGUGUUUUACGUCCCUCUAUGUUUCUGUGUGUUUUACGUCCCUCUAUGUUUCUGUGUGUUUUACGUCCCUCUGUGUUUCUGUGUGUUUUACGUCCCUCUAUGUUUCUGUGUGUUUUACGUCCCUCUGUGUUUCUGUGUGUUUUACGUCCCUCUAUGUUUCUGUGUGUUUUACGUCCCUCUAUGUUUCUGUGUGUUUUACGUCCCUCUGUGUUUCUGUGUGUUUUACGUCCCUCUGUGUUUCUGUGUGUUUUACGUCCCUCUAUGUUUCUGUGUGUUUUACGUCCCUCUAUGUUUCUGUGUGUUUUACGUCCCUCUGUGUUUCUGUGUGUUUUACGUCCCUCUGUGUUUCUGUGUGUUUUACGUCCAUCUGUGUUUCUGUGUGUUUUACGUCCCUCUAUGUUUCUGUGUGUUUUACGUCCCUCUAUGUUUCUGUGUGUUUUACGUCCCUCUGUGUUUCUGUGUGUUUUACGUCCCUCUGUGUUUCUGUGUGUUUUACGUCCCUCUAUGUUUCUGUGUGUUUUACGUCCCUCUAUGUUUCUGUGUGUUUUACGUCCCUCUAUGUUUCUGUGUGUUUUACGUCCCUCUGUGUUUCUGUGUGUUUUACGUCCCUCUGUGUUUCUGUGUGUUUUACGUCCCUCUGUGUUUCUGUGUGUUUUACGUCCCUCUGUGUUUCUGUGUGUUUUACGUCCCUCUGUGUUUCUGUGUGUUUUACGUCCCUCUGUGUUUCUGUGUGUUUUACGUCCCUCUAUGUUUCUGUGUGUUUUACGUCCCUCUGUGUUUCUGUGUGUUUUACGUCCCUCUGUGUUUCUGUGUGUUUUACAUCCCUCUAUGUUUCUGUGUGUUUUACGUCCCUCUGUGUUUCUGUGUGUUUUACGUCCCUCUAUGUUUCUGUGUGUUUUACGUCCCUCUAUGUUUCUGUGUGUUUUACGUCCCUCUGUGUUUCUGUGUGUUUUACGUCCCUCUAUGUUUCUGUGUGUUUUACGUCCCUCUAUGUUUCUGUGUGUUUUACGUCCCUCUAUGUUUCUGUGUGUUUUACGUCCCUCUAUGUUUCUGUGUGUGUUCCUCAUCAGGCAUGGGAGAACCACUUGCGGAGGAACCGUUCCAUCGUGGUGGAUCUGUUCCACGGCCAGCUCAAGUCGCAGGUCAAGUGUAAGACGUGUGGCCACAUCAGCGCCCGCUUCGACCCCUUCAACUUCCUGUCUUUACCCCUCCCCAUGGACAGCUCCAUGCACCUGGAGAUCACUGGUGAGGACUGGGACUAAACGCCCUGAUGAGGGGGGCAGGUUCCUGGAAAGGGGUGGGAGGGUUUGAUCUCUGUGGACCAGAUUGCCGGUUGGUGAGUUGGUUUUGGUCGUAAUUGACCUGAACUGUUUGCCAGAGGAGAGUUUUUGUAAUAACAGGUGGGAGGGGUCAGCAAUUAUUUUUCCUGCACGCUUCCUUACCCUGGAAUGGUGUGGGUCCUCAAUAGAGGGGAGGCGGCAGCCAAUGGCCCUUUUCCCGAGACCUCAAAAGCAGCAAAGCAUAUCCUCAUGGACAAUAAUGGUCAAUGGGAAAUAUACACAUUUCUAUUCACUUCCUGAAUUGACUGCAUCGUCUGUCUGUCUGUCAGUCAUUAUGCUGGAUGGUUCUACCCCUGUACGGUUCGGCCUGAGGCUCAACAUGGAUGACAAGUACACCGGUCUGAAGAAACAGCUGGGUGAACUGUGUAGGCUGAAGCCUGACCAGAUACUACUGGCAGAGGUCCACACCUCCAACAUCAAGGUACACACACUGAUGCACACACACUCACACACACACUGAUGCACACACACUGAUGCUAAAAAUGUAAAUGUAAAUGAUGCACACACACACACACACACACUGAUGCACACACACACACACACACACACACACACACACUGAUGCACACACACACACACACACUGAUGCACACACACUGAUGCACACACACACACACACACUGAUGCACACACACACACACACACACACACACACACUGAUGCACACACACACACACACACUGAUGCACACACACACACACACACACACACUGAUGCACACACACACACACACACACUGAUGCACACACACACACACUGAUGCACACACACUGAUGCGCACAAACACACACACAAGUGCAAUACAGAGAGUAGUAAUUAAUUGUGUGUUCUUGUGUACGGUAGAACUUCCCUCAGGAUAACCAGAAGGUGCGUCUGUCUGUGAAUGGCUUCCUGUGUGCGUUUGAGAUCCCUGUGCCAGGCUCCCCCACCUCCCUCAGCUCACCAACACAGACAGGUGAGAACCUCCUACACUUUCACCCAUGCUGCUUCUAGAGGUUGGCAGAAUGUAACAUGGUGGUUCUAGAGGUUGGCAGAAUGUAACAUGGUGGUUCUAGAGGUUGGCAGAAUGUAACAUGGUGGUUCUAGAGGUUGGCAGAAUGUAACAUGGUGGUUCUAGAGGUUGGCAGAAUGUAACAUGGUGGGUCUAGAGGUUGGCAGAAUGUAACAUGGUGGUUCUAGAGGUUGGCAGAAUGUAACAUGGUGGUUCUAGAGGUUGGCAGAAUGUAACAUGGUGGUUCUAGAGGUUGGCAGAAUGUAACAUGGGGUUAGAGGUUGGCAGAAUGGUACAUGGGUUCUAGAGGUUGGCAGAAUGUAAUACAUGGUGGUUCUAGAGGUUGGCAGAAUGUAACAUGGUGGUUCUAGAGGUUGGCAGAAUGGAAUACAUGGUGGUUCUAGAGGUUGGCAGAAGGUAACAUGGUGGUUCUAGAGGUUGGCAGAAUGUAACAUGGUGGUUCUAGAGGUUGGCAGAAUGGAACAUGGUGGUUCUAGAGGUUGGCAGAAUGUAAUACAUGGUGGUUCUAGAGGUUGGCAGAAUGUAACAUGGUGGGUCUAGAGGUUGGCAGAAUGUAACAUGGUGGUUCUAGAGGUUGGCAGAAUGUAACAUGGUGGUUCUAGAGGUUGGCAGAAUGUAACAUGGUGGUUAUAGAGGUUGGCAGAAUGUAACAUGGUGGUUAUAGAGGUUGGCAGAAUGUAACAUGGUGGUUCUAGAGGUUGGCAGAAUGUAAUACAUGGUGGGAAUCGUUGGACCCUGUUGUGGCUGAAGUGACCAGAGCUGCCACCUGCCUUACACACAGAAACACAUUGAAAAAGGCAUUCAUUAUAACUGGUAGAGAAGCUUUUUGACUGUACCUCUCCUUAUGAACUUAACCCUACCAUACUCCUCACAGUCACAUGAAAUACCAACUCACUGUUUCCAGAAGGUUCUCUGACAUGUCCAUCUGUAACACUAGUUCUCUCUCUCUGACACCUCUCCAGACAUCACCCCUGUGCCCAUGGCUAAUGGGGUGGCGGUGGCAGCUAAAGGGCAUCCUGCUGGCAAGCCUGGUCUGAUCCCCAACGGCAUGCCCAGCGCCGUGGUGCCAUGCGGACAGACCACAGAGAGAGGCCUGGUCAAUGGAAGGGUGGGGGUGCCAAACGGACACGUGUCCCCCGUCCAGGACAGCCCCUUUAUCGGGUACAUCAUUGCCAUGCACAGGAAGAUGGUGGGUACCACAGAAUAUAUAUAUAUUUACAUUUACAUUUGAGUCAUUUAGCAGACGCUCUUAUCCAGAGCGACUUACAGUUAGUGAGUGCAUACAUUUUUCAUACUGGCCCCCCGUGGGAAUCGAACCCACAACCCUGGCGUUGCAAGCGCCAUGCUCUACCAACUGGGAUACAGGGGACUAUAGGCUAUUUCCUAAAGACUGUCACAUAAAGCCAAUAACCUACAGGAAGGACCCUGUUAGUAGCAAAUACCAUUUUUGAUAAGCCCUGUACUGUCUGUCAAGAGUAAAACAACAAAUAAAUCCCGUGUUCAGUGUCAGUGACUCUUUUAAACGUUUUCUUUUUCUUUUUUUUUGCCCCACAGAAUAUUGGUCAUUCCAUAAAAAAACGUAUUUCUUCCACUUUGAGUGGAAUAAUUUAGAAAUAGACUAAUAUUCAUCAUCACCAUUCAAUAUAGAUUACAUUUCAGUUUACUCCGGUUACUGGAGGACUAUUGCACCUGCCAUCUACUUGACAACAAUACUGGCUAUUAUUUGUUGGGCUGUGCAUUGUUCGUCACCUAAGAAUCGUGCAACACACCCCAUCGUGACAAUGUUACAUGGCAAACAGACACAGCAAGUCAGUCACGUUGACGUCUGACACAAUACUGUAGUUCCACCGGUCCCACGCUUGUAUUAAAUAGGAAACGUCGCUAUAUUCUACAGCUGUUGCAGUUCUAGUUAUUAGCGAGAUAUGUGACUAAUAGUAUCCGAGUGAGAAGGUAGGCUAUCAAUAGCAAAACCAUCAACCACCUUCACUCUGUGGUUGUAUUGACUCCCUUUCAUUAAGAGGUGUAGCUAGCGCCUGGUUUCUUUCCGGUCUGCUAACUACGUUCUGAACGGUGCCCCCUACUCAACCCCCCUGUCAUUGGUGAUAAUAACAAACAACCAUGAAUUCCAUCGUCAGGGAGGCACACGAUGAAAACUCACUAGAAGCAAUCCACUACCACGAGAUGAGAUGUAGGAGGUUAUUUGCGAGUAACUAACACAUAAAUGAUCGUCUUGCAACAAUCCUAGGUUCAUUAGCUACAAGACAGUAGCUUGCUAACGUUAGUUAGUUAAUAAUUGACCUAGCUAGCGUGCUUAAUCUGCGCACUAUGGGUACAAUUAAAAUAACCCAUGCAAUAAAAGGCUACGUCUGAAUAUGCCAUUGUAUUCAUAAACUAUGACAAUGACAACCCCAUCAAUGAUAUUUUGCAGGAAAGAAUGACUAGCUAGCUCUCCGGCCUUGGCCCGACACCACGCAAAAAAAAGCAAGCUGGAUACAUAUAUAUUGUGUUUGGUGUGUAGCUUUGGGACACAACAUCAGGAGUCUGUUGGUUGGACUCCCUGAGUGGUGCAUCGUGCUGGUGGAUGGUGAUGGGAAAUAACCCUACCACAAUGUAGCAGGCUACACGAGAAAAACCUUUCCUUUCAACAAAUGCACAAGGUAUAAUCUCUAGGGACUCUACUUACCAGACGUAAAGUGAAAUGUGUCCCUCGCUAUAAAAUAAACGUCUGAAUCCAACUUUUGUCCCGAUCCGCACCAUAUUCCUGUUGAGUUGGACGGCGGGCUGCCAUUAGACCAUACACAUCCUGUAAAACUUCCUACCACGAAAUCUACCACUGUCUACACAGCAGGAAUAUGGUGCGGUUCGGGCAAAAGUUGGAUUCAGACGUUUAUUUUAUAGCGAGGGACACAUUUCACUUAACGGCCAACCAAUACAGACUCCUGAUGUUGUGUCCAAAAGCGAAGGCGUUUACUGCUAUUAUGGACGCCAGGCACUAUCCAAGUUGGCAGGACUCUAAUCUAGUGAGAUGUAAAAAAAAUAGUAAUUUAGCAGACGCUCUUAUCCAGAGCGACUUACAGUUAGUGAGUGCAUACAUUUUUCAUACUGCCCCCCCCCCCCGUGGGAAUCGAACCCACAACCCUGCCGUUGCAAACGCCAUGCUCUACCAACUGAACUACACGGGAUAUAUAGUAGUAGGAGUGUAAUUAUGAGGUCCUAGUAAGGAGUAUAUUAGCAAUGAGGAAAUACAUUUAGCAACUUGGGCAUGAGGUGCUGGGUAAACUUGACUUUUAAGUGGUGAAUACUUUUAGAGGUAUCUUGUCCCCCUUCCUCAUGUUUGGGCAUCGAGUUUCAUAAUUCUGACUGUUUUGAUUCCUGUGUGUCCUCCUGUAGAUGCGGACGGAGUUGUAUUUCCUGUCCAGUCAGAAGAACCGUGCCAGUCUGUUCGGGAUGCCUCUGAUCGUUCCCUGUACGGUCCACACCAGUAAGAAGGACCUGUAUGAUGCUGUCUGGAUACAGGUGGCACGUCUGGCCAGCCCUCUGCCCCCGCAGGAGGCCAGCAACCACGCACAGGACUGGUCAGUACCACGCACAGGACUGGUCAGUACCACACACAGGACUGGUCAGUACCACGCACAGGACUGGUCAGUACCACGCACAGGACUGGUCUGGUCGGUACCACACACACAGGACUGGUCGGUACCACACACAGGACUGGUCAGUACCACACACACAGGACUGGUCUGGUCGGUACCACACACAGGACUGGUCUGGUCGGUACCACACACACACACAGGACUGGUCAGUACCACACACAGGACUGGUCGGUACCACACACAGGACUGGUCAGUACCACACACAGGACUGGUCUGGUCGGUACCACACACAGGACUGGUCGGUACCACGCACAGGACUGGUCAGUACCACACACAGGACUGGUCGGUACCACACACACAGGACUGGUCAGUACCACACACAGGACUGGUCAGUACCACACACAGGACUGGUCUGGUCGGUACCACACACAGGACUGGUCGGUACCACACACAGGACUGGUCGGUACCACAUACAACACACAGGACUGGUCGGUACCACACACAACACACAGGACUGGUCGGUACACACACACAGGACUGGUCGGUACCACACACACAGGACUGGUCGGUACCACACCACACAACACAGGACUGGUCGGUACCACAACAAAACACACAGGACUGGUCGGUACCACACACAACACACAGGACUGUCGGUACCACACACCACACACACAGGACUGGUCGGUACCCACACACACACAGGACUGGUCGGUACCACACACACAGGACUGGUCGGUACCACACACACAGGACUGGUCAGUACCACACACACAGGACUGGUCGGUACCACACACAACACACAGGACUGGUCGGUACCACACACACAGGACUGGUCGGUACCACACACACAGGACUGGUCGGUACCACACACACAGGACUGGUCGGUACCACACACAGGACUGGUCUGGUCGGUACCACACACACAGGACUGGUCUGGUCGGUACCACACACAGGACUGGUCUGGUCGGUACCACACACAGGACUGGUCUGGUCGGUACCACACAUAGGACUGGUCGGUACCACACACACAGGACUGGUCGGUACCACACACACACACAGGACUGGUCAGUACCACACACACAGGACUGGUCGGUACCACACACACAGGACUGGUCGGUACCACACACAACACACAGGACUGGUCGGUACCACACACACAGGACUGGUCGGUACCACACACACAGGACUGGUCGGUACCACACACACAGGACUGGUCGGUACCACACACAACACACAGGACUGGUCGGUACCACACACAACACACAGGACUGGUCGGUACCACACACAGGACUGGUCGGUACCACACACACAGGACUGGUCGGUACCACACACAGGACUGGUCAGUACCACACACAGGACUGGUCGGUACCACACACACAGGACUGGUCAGUACCACACACAGGACUGGUCAGUACCACACACACAGGACUGGUCGGUACCACACACACAGGACUGGUCGGUACCACACACAGGACUGGUCGGUACCACACACAACACACAGGACUGGUCGGUACCACAUACAACACACAGGACUGGUCGGUACCACACACAGGACUGGUCGGUACCACAUACAACACACAGGACUGGUCGGUACCACACACAGGACUGGUCAGUACCACACACACAGGACUGGUCGGUACCACAUACAACACACAGGACUGGUCGGUACCACACACACAGGACUGGUCAGUACCACACACAGGACUGGUCGGCAAGUCUUCCCUUGAUGUGAAGGUUAUCUUGAUUGACUGAAGGUUAUCUUGAUUGUAAAUAAUUUACAUUUACAUUUUAGUCAUUUAGCAGACGCUCUUAUCCAGAGCGACUUACAGGAGCAAGUAGGGUUAAGUGCCUUGCUCAAGGGCACAUCGACAGAUUUUUCACCUAGUUGGCUCGGGGAUUAGAACCAGCGACCUUUCGGUUACUGGCCCAACGCUCUUAACCACUAAGCUACCUGCCUCCCCAGUAAUAAUGUUGUGUGUAUUAUGCCCCCUUCUACAGUGAUGACAGUAUGGGCUACCAGUACCCCUUCACACUGAGAGUGGUAGGGAAGGAUGGGAACUCAUGUGCCUGGUGUCCCUGGUACAGGUGAGGUCUCCUCCAUCAUCAUCAUCAUCAAAACACACACUUCACUUCUAUUACUGUAUCUGUACUGCUUUGCUUUAUCUUGGCCAGGUCGCAGUUGGAAAUGAGAACUUGUUCUCAACUGGCUUCUUACCUGGUUAAAUAAAGGUGGAAUAAAAUAAAUCAAAUAAAACAUCUAAUUUGGCUGAAACGGCAUGUUUGGGGGAAUCGGCAUGUUUGGGUGUGUGUGUGUGUUUGUACCGUCUCUGUGCUUCUGCUCGUGUGUGUGUGUGUGUGUGUGUGUGUGUUACUGUGUGUUCAGGUUUUGCUCGUAUACGUGUGUGUUCAGGUUCUGUCGAGGCUGUGCGGUGGACUGCACGGAGGACAGGGCCUCGGUAGAAAACGCCUACAUAGCUGUGGACUGGGACCCGACAGCCUUACACCUCCGCUACCAGACCUCACAGGAGAGGGUGAGUCAUCAGAUCCUACAGGAAAAUAUGACGUCCACACAUCCAGGUACUGGAGAGCCCCUUCUCCCUGUCUCUCUCUCUCGCUAGAUAGUGGAGGAGCACUGCAGUGUGCAGCAGAGUCGCAGGGCCCAGGCUGAACCCAUCAGUCUGGACAGCUGUCUGAAGGCCUUCACCAGCGAGGAGGAGCUGGGAGAGGAUGAGCUCUACUACUGCUCCAAGUGCAAGACCCACCGCCUGGCCACCAAGAAACUGGACCUGUGGAGGCUGCCUCCUAUACUGGUCAGAACACUGACACACACACACUGGCUACUGUAGUUAGAUGUUAUGAUGCUACCAGAUACUGUCUACUGUAGUUAGAUGUUAUGAUGCUACCAGAGACUGUAGUUAGAUGUUAUGAUGCUACCAGAUACUGUAGUUAGAUGUUAUGAUGCUACCAGAUACUGUAGUUUGAGUUUGAGUUUAUUAUUUUUUACAGGGACAGUGCACAUUAAUCAACGUUUCAGUAAAAGUGCCGGUUUUAGCCAGCCGGCUAAUUUUCAACCGCAGUCCCUGGGCAGGUUAUUAAAAACAAUUACAAUAUAGACAAUAACAACAUAGAACAAGACAUAGCAUACAGACAUAGCAACAUAGGACAAGCAAUACAUAGCAUACAGACAGAGCAACAUAGAACAAAAAGCAGCAAGACAAAAUUCAUAAAAGCAACAAAGUGUUUCCACACCUCACAAGUUACAGACAACAGACAUGGAAAGCGGCAACACACAGCUAGGGACCAUGUUCACAAAUCUGAUUGACCUUUAGCCAUGUCUUCAAGCAUUUUGUGAAAGUGUGAUAUGUGGUGCAGUUAUGUGUGUCUGAUGGCAGUGUAUUCCAGACAUGGGAAGCUCUCACAGAAAAAGCGGAUUUACUAAAGGUGCUUUUCCUUAGGGGAACUACACAGUCACCUCUCAUGGCAGACCUUGUGGAUCUGCUGCCAUAUGUUUGGGUUUUCUGUUUAACAAAAAUACUGAGUGGAGGGGGAGCCAAGCCAUUUAGGAUCUUGAAUACAAGACAUGCAUCGGUGUAUUGCACAAGAUUUUCCCAACUCAGGAGCUCAUGCUUUCUAAGGAUGUGACAGUGAUGAUGGCUAUUGGGCUUCCUAUCAAGCACUUUGAGAGCCUGUUUGUAGACAGACUGAAUAGGUCUUACUGUUGUACAGCAAGCUUGGGCCCAACUAGUCAAGCAGUAUGUUAAGUGGGGGAGUAUCAUAGAUUUGAAGUACAGUUUUGCUACCUCUGUAGUCAAACAAUUUCGUAUAAAUCGGAAAUUAGCUAGGUUGAAUUUGGUUAUUUGAAUUACCUUUUUCACAUGCUUUUUAAAAGAGAGGUUGGAAUCAAGUUAGAUGUUAUGAUGCUACCAGAUACUGUAGUUAGAUGUUAUGAUGCUACCAGAUACUGUCUACUGUAGUUAAUGUUAUGAUGCUACCAGAUACUGUCUACUGUAGUUAAUGUUAUGAUGCUACCAGAGACUGUAGUUAGAUGUUAUGAUGCUACCAGAUACUGUAGUUAGAUGUUAUGAUGCUACCAGAGACUGUAGUUAGAUGUUAUGAUGCUACCAGAGACUGUAGUUAGAUGUUAUGAUGCUACCAGAUACUGUAGUUAGAUGUUAUGAUGCUACCAGAUACUGUAGUUAGAUGUUAUGAUGCUACCACCCAUACUGGUCAAAACACUGACACACAGACAGACACUGUACACUAUUAAGACUAGUACCCACCAUCACUACAGUACAUAGUAUCACCAUCACUACAGUACAUAGUACCCACCAUCAGUACAGUACAUAGUACCCACCAUCACUACAGUACAUAGUACCUACCAUCACUACAGUACAUAGUAUCACCAUCACUACAGUACAUAGUACCUACCAUCACUACAGUACAUAGUAUCACCAUCAGUACAGUACAUAGUAUCACCAUCACUACAGUACAUAGUACCCACCAUCACUACAGUACAUAGUACCUACCAUCACUACAGUACAUAGUAUCACCAUCGGUACAGUACAUAGUAUCACCAUCACUACAGUACAUAGUACCCACCAUCACUACAGUACAUAGUAUCACCAUCAGUACAGUACAUAGUAUCACCAUCACUACAGUACAUAGUACCUACCAUCACUACAGUACAUAGUACCUACCAUCACUACAGUACAUAGUACCUACCAUCACUACAGUACAUAGUAUCACCAUCACUGCAGUACAUAGUACCCACCAUCACUACAGUACAUAGUAUCACCAUCACUACAGUACAUACAGUGGGGGGGGGAAGUAUUCAGUCAGCCACCAAUUGUGCAAGUUCUCCCACUUAAAAAGAUGAGAGAGGCCUGUAAUUUUCAUCAUAGGUACACGUCAACUAUGACAGACAAAUUGAGGAAAAAAAAUCCAGAAAAUCACAUUGUAGGAGUUUUAAUGAAUUUAUUUGCAAAUUAUGGUGGAAAAUAAGUAUUUGGUCACCUACAAACAAGCAAGAUUUCUGGCUCUCACAGACCUGUAACUUCUUCUUUAAGAGGCUCCUCUGUCCUCCACUCGUUACCUGUAUUAAUGGCACCUGUUUGAACUUGUUAUCAGUAUAAAAGACACCUGUCCACAACCUCAAACAGUCACACUCCAAACUCCACUAUGGCCAAGACCAAAGAGCUGUCAAAGUACACCAGAAACAAAAUUGUAGACCUGCACCAGGCUGGGAAGACUGAAUCUGCAAUAGGUAAGCAGCUUGGUUUGAAGAAAUCAACUGUGGGAGCAAUUAUUAGGAAAUGGAAGACAUACAAGACCACUGAUAAUCUCCCUCGAUCUGGGGCUCCACGCAAGAUCUCACCCUGUGGGGUCAAAAUGAUCACAAGAACGGUGAGCAAAAAUCCCAGAACCACACGGGGGGACCUAGUGAAUGACCUGCAGAGAGCUGGGACCAAAGUAACAAAGCCUACCAUCAGUAACACACUACGCCGCCAGGGACUCAAAUCCUGCAGUGCGAGACGUGUCCCCCUGCUUAAGCCAGUACAUGUCCAGGCCCGUCUGAAGUUUGCUUGAGUGCAUUUGGAUGAUCCAGAAGAGGAUUGGGAGAAUGUCAUAUGGUCAGAUGAAACCAAAAUAUAACUUUUUGGUAAAAACUCAACUCGUCGUGUUUGGAGGACAAAGAAUGCUGAGUUGCAUCCAAAGAACACCAUACCUACUGUGAAGCAUGGGGGUGGAAACAUCAUGCUUUGGGGCUGUUUUUCUGCAAAGGGACCAGGACGACUGAUCCGUGUAAAGGAAAGAAUGAAUGGGGCCAUGUAUCGUGAGAUUUUGAGUGAAAACCUCCUUCCAUCAGCAAGGGCAUUGAAGAUGAAACGUGGCUGGGUCUUUCAGCAUGACAAUGAUCCCAAACACACCGCCCGGGCAACGAAGGAGUGGCUUCGUAAGAAGCAUUUCAAGGUCCUGGAGUGGCCUAGCCAGUCUCCAGAUCUCAACCCCAUAGAAAAUCUUUGGAGGGAGUUGAAAGUCCGUGUUGCCCAGCGACAGCCCCAAAACAUCACUGCUCUAGAGGAGAUCUGCAUGGAGGAAUGGGCCAAAAUACCAGCAACAGUGUGUGAAAACCUUGUGAAGACUUACAGAAAACGUUUGACCUGUGUCAUUGCCAACAAAGGGUAUAUAACAAAGUAUUGAGAAACUUUUGUUAUUGACAAAAAAUUAUUUUCCACCAUAAUUUGCAAAUAAAUUCAUUAAAAAUCCUACAAUGUGAUUUUCUGGAUUUUUUUUUCUCAUUUUGUCUGUCAUAGUUGACGUGUACCUAUGAUGAAAAUUACAGGCCUCUCUCAUCUUUUUAAGUGGGAGAACUUGCACAGUUGGUGGCUGACUAAAUACUUUUUUCCCCCCACUGUACAUAUAGAGGUGUUGGAGAGGUGCGGGGGGCUGCCACACUGGGGAGUUGUUGUUGUGGGGGGGGGUUAAGUGCCUUGCUCAAGGGCACAACGGCAGGCAAUGGCAUUUAGGAUUUGAUAUCGGCAACCCUCCGGUUGCUAACUCACUUCCCAACAGAUUUUUCCCGUUGGACUCGGGCUUCGAACUGGCAACCCUCCGGUUGCUGGCUCACCUCUCUAACCACUAGGCUACGUGGCACCUGUGAUGUAAACGUAUCUACAUCAGUGUUUCAUUAGUUCAUGUUGUUCUUCAUUGUAGAUAGUACACCUGAAGAGGUUCCAGUUUGUGAACGGCCGCUGGAUCAAGUCUCAGAAGAUCGUCAAGUUUCCCAGAGAGAGUUUUGACCCUAGUGUUUACCUGGCUCCCCGGGAGGCGGGGCUUAACGGGCUACACAGUCUGCAGAGCCGCAGCGAGGGGGAGGAGCUACUGAGGAUAGGAGGAGGAGAAACGGUCUCCUCCAUCUCCGCGCCUGCUGGGUUCCUCAACAUCCUCAAAGGUCUGAUGUCAUCCUUUGUGCAUCCCAAAUGGCACCUUAUUCCCUUUAUAGUGCAUCGUCCCUGUGGACCCUGGUCAAAAGUAGUGCACUAUAUAGGGAAUAGGGUGCAGUUUGGGACACGGCCUCUCUCACUCAUGUCUCCAUUCCUGGUUACGUUUCAUUCCUGUCUCUAUGGAAUCUUGCUGCUUUUUGGUAAUUCAAGUGACUGUUGGUUCCAGGUCCCUGAUUAGCUUGAUGAUAGCCCAGUCAUCAUCUGCAGUAGUUUCCUGUUGUUAAACAAACCAGUCAUUCAGAGAGCGGUAAUAAAACACACCCAAACACCCGAAACCAGAACAAGCAUGUAUUUCUUUCUUUUCAUAGUGUACAACACAAUACACAGCAUAGCCCAUAUACACAGGAAGGAUGAGGUCAAGCUGUUUUACUGAGCCCCUCCCUCUCUUUUUGUCUGUCUCCGCAGCCUCUCCAGCGUCAGGCAGGAAGUCAGCCCCUCCCUCUUCCAUCAGCCGUACCAGCAGCCCCUGCAGCAGCCCCAAGACAGGAGGAGGUGGUCCAGGGGGCACGGGCCGCAGACAGACCCGCCUCAGGCUCCCACAGCUGGCCAACCGACACCGCCUCUCCAACAGCAAGGAGAACCUGGAGGGUAGUACCAGGGAGGGGGGCAGCGGCCCUGACACAGAGCCCAGGGAGGGAGCACCGCAGGCGGACACGGAGGUUGGGCUCGUGGGGGUGUUGGGUGGAGGUUUUGGAGAGGUCGGGGUGGGGAGCGAGCCAGAGAUGUCCACCACAGACGCGUCCAGCAGUCUCAGUAAUGUCAUCUUGAUGAAUGGGGACAGCGGUGGCCAUAGCAACGGGGUACUGAGCAUUGAGGCCAGUACGGAGCCCAGCAUGGACCUAGGGAGUAGCGCCACCACCCUGCUGCACCAAAGCGACAACAGCCUGGAGAACAUCUACAACUUAUAUGCAAUUUCAGUGAGUGCUUACCAAAACUGCCUCCUAACCUAUACCUCAGGAAGUUUGAUUUAGUUUAAUAUAGUUAGAUACUUCGGGAUUAGAAAGCCUCUGCCACAAAUGGCACCCUAUUCCCUAUAUAGUGCACUACUUUUGACCAGGGCCCAUGUUGUGCCUCUCUUUGUCUCCACGUACAUCAGUAUGGGAGGUAACAGGAGGUCCUCUCUCUCUGUCUCCACAGUACCAUUCAGGUAUCGUGGGAGGUAACAGGAGGUCCUCUCUCUCUCUCUCUGUCUCCACAGUACCAUUCAGUGUAUCAUGAGGUAACGGAGGUUAAUAGUCAGAUCAUGGGAGUACGGAGUCCUCUCUCUCGUCUCCACAUACCAUCAGUAUCAUGGAGGUAACAGAGGUUCCUCUCUCUCUGUCUCCACAGUACCAUUCAGGUAUCAUGGGAGGUAACAGGAGGUCCUCUCUCUCUCUCUGUCUCCACAGUGCCAUUCAGGUAUCAUGGGAGGUAACAGGAGGUCCUCUCUCUCUCUCUCUUCUCCCAGUCCUUCCACAGUGCCAUUCAGGUAAUGGGAGGUAACAGGAGGUCCUUCUCUUCGUCCCACACAGGCCAUUAGGUAUCAUGGGAGGUAGGCUACAGGUCCCUCUCUCGUCCACAGUGCCAUCAGGUAUCGUGGGAUGGGGGUAACAGGAGGUCUCUCUUCUCUCUGUCUCCACAGUGCCAUUCAGGUAUGGGGAGGUAACAGGGAGGUCCGUCCUCUCUCUCUGCUCCACAGUCCAUUCAGGUACAUUGGAUAAGGUAACAGGAGGUCCUCUCUCUCUGUCUCCACAGGCUUCAGGUAUCAUGGAGGUAACGGGGUCUCUCUUUCUCCACAGUACCAUUCAGUAAUGGGACGGUGAUACGGGGGUCCUGUAUCGUCUCACGUCAUUCAGUACAUGGAAUGGUAACAGGGGGUCUCGCGUCCAAGUACCAUUCAGGUAUCGUGGAACAGAGGUCCUCCUCGUUAACAGGAGCCCUUCAGGUAUCAUGACGUGCUUCAGGUUAAGGAGGUCCUCUCUCUCUCUCUGUCUCCACAGUGCCAUUCAGGUAUCGGUGAAGGUAACAGGAGGUCCUCUCUCUCUCUCUGUCUCCACAGUGCCAUCAGGUAUAUGGGAGGUGUCGGGUAACAGGAGGUCCUCUCUCUCUCUCUCUCCACAGUAGCAUUAGGUAUAUGGGGGGGUAACAGGAGGUCCUCUCUCUCUUCGUCCCAGUGCCAUUCAGGUAUCAUGGGAGGGGUGGAAAAGGAGGCCUCUCUCUCUGUCUCCACAGUGCCAUUAGGUAUCAUGGGAGGGUAACAGGAGGUCCUCUCUCUCCUUCUGUCCAAGUCCUUCGGUAUCAGGGAGGGUAACAGGGGCCUCUCUCCUUGUCCCAGGCCAUUCAGGUAUGCAUGGGAGGUACAGGGGUCCCUCUCUCUUUCCACAGUACCAUUCAGGUUAUCAUGGGGGGUUAACAGGAGGGUACUUCUGUCAGGGACAACAGGAUAAUGGGAGGAACAGGAGGCUCCUCUGCUCACAGUGCCAUUCAGUAUUGGAGGUGGAAAGAGGUCCCUCUUCUCUGUUCCACAGUGCCAUCAGGUAACAGGGGGCCCUCUCUUGUAACAGGAUCUCUUGCUCCACAGUGCAUUCGGUAUCAUGGGAGGAAAGGAGGUCCUCUCUCUCUGUCUCCACAGGCCAUUCAGGUAUCAUGGGUGGUAACAGGAGGUCCUUCUCUGUCUCCACGUGCCAUUCAGGUUCUGGGAGGUAACAGGACGGUUCCUCUCUCUCUGUCUUCCACGUGCCAUUCAGGUAUCAUGGGAGGAAGAAGGAGGUCCUCUCUGUCUCCACAGUGCAUUCAGAUCAGUGGUAGGUAUCAGGAGGGGCCUCCCCCUCUCCCACUCAUUCAGUAUCGGGUAGGUAACAGGAGUCUCUUCUUGUCGUCUCACAGGUGGCCAUUCAGGUAAUGGGAGUUAGGUCCUCUCUCUCUGUCCACAGUACCAUUCAGGUCAUGGGAGUGGAGACAGGAGGUCUCUCUUCUAUCAUGGGAGGUAACAGGAGGUCUCUCUCUGUCUCCACAUUGCCAUUCAGGUAUCAUGGGAGGGGUAAACGGAGGUUCCUCUCUCUCUCUCUGUCUCCACAGUGCCAUUCAGGUAUCCUGGGAGGUUAAACAGGAUGUCCUCUCAUCUCUCUCUGUCUCCCCAGUCCCCAUUCAGGUAUCAUGGGAGGUAAUAGGAGGUCCUCUCUCUCUUCUCUGUCUCCACAGUCGCCAUUCAGGUAUCAUGGGACGGUUAACAGGAGGUCCUCCUCUCUCUCUCUGUCUCCACAGUGCCAUUCAGGUAUCAUGGGAGGGUAACAGGAAGGUCCUCUCUCUCUCUCUGUCUAUCCACAGUUGCCAUUCAGGUAUCAUGGGAGGUAACAGGAGGGUACCCUCUUCUCUCUCUGUCUCCAACAGUGCCAUUCAGGUAUCAUGGGAGGGUAAACAGGAGGUCCUCUCUCUUCUUCUGUCUCCACAGUGCCAUUCAGGUAUCAUGGGGAGGUAAACAGGAGGUCCUCUCUCUCUCUCUGUCUCCACAGUUCCAUUCAGGUAUCAUGGGAGGGGGUCCUCUCUCUCUCUCUGUCUCCACAGUGCCAUUCAGGUAUCAUGGGAGGUAACAGGAGGUCCUCUCUCUCUGUCUCCACAGUGCCAUUCAGGUAUCAUGGGAGGUAACAGGAGGUCCUCUCUCUCUCUCUGUCUCCACAGUGCCAUUCAGGUAUCAUGGGAGGUAACAGGAGGUCCUCUCUCUCUGUCUCCACAGUGCCAUUCAGGAUCAUGGGAGGGUAACAGGGUUCCUCCUCUCUGUCUCACAGUGCAUUCAAAGGUACCCUCACAUGCCUCAGUGGAGGUAACAGGAGGUCCUCUCUCUCUGUCUCCACAGUGCCAUUCAGGUAUCAUGGGAGGUAACAGGAGGUCCUCUCUCUCUCUCUCUGUCUCCACAGUGCCAUUCAGGUAUCAUGGGAGGAGGACACUAUGUGACCUAUGCCAAAAACCCCAACAGCAAAUGGUACUGUUACAAUGACAGCAGCUGUAAGGUAAGGACACACACACACACACACACACACACACACACACACACACACACACACAUCCUCUACUAAUAGUCAAUUAUCCUAGCAAACCAGUUAGUCAUUUUAAAGACAAAACUAGUCAUCUCUUGUAAAGUGUGUACUUGUUUGCCGUAUCCUCCCUAGGAAGUGCACUCAGAGGAGAUGGACACGGACUCGGCCUACAUCCUGUUCUAUGAGCAGCAGGGAGUGGACUACUCUCAGUUCCUUCCAAAGACUGACGGCAAGAAGAUGGCCGACACCACUAGCAUGGACGAGGACUUUGAGUCUGACUACAAGAAGUACUGUGUCCUCCAGUGA